AUGGAUGAUCACUUUGUGUAUAUAAAGGUCGCCGAUCUUGAAAGUACUAAUGAUCACCUAUAUCAGCAAGACCCUGCAGAAUGGCUAAAUUAUAAAUAUGGUAGACCAGUGGUAGAUCACGCAUUAUUUCAUGCAGUAAGACUGGAUAGCUCCGUUACUUCAGAUAUCCAAGCUUUGUUAGCAAGGAAUAAUGUGGUGAUGUCAAGAUAUUUUAUACAACGCUUACUUACUUAUUUUGGUAAUUACGAUCAAAAAUUGAUCGAGCUUAAAAUAGAGCUUAAAGUAGAAUGUAGUAUGAAUCAAGUUAAUUUUGAUAGAACCCGUGAAAAGAAAUUACGUGCGUCUGGGGCGAGUAAUUUGUCUUUAUCGAUUUAUACCAAAUUGAUUAAUAAAGCAUUUAAUAUAUCAAAAGUUCCAGAACUUGCAAUUAAAGCCAACAAUACGGAAUUAAUCCUUUUUUUAUCAGCCGGUCCUCUUGUUAUUGAUUACGUCCCUCAAAGAUUAUUUCAAAAUAUUUAUUAUAUCGAGGAAUUAAUUUUAAACAAAAAAUUUAUCACCUUUCCUCCUCGUCUAAAACUCACUUAUAAAAAUACAAUGGAAGAAUAUCCACCGAAAGAUGGUUACGAGAACAAUAGACAACUUAAUGUUAUAGCUAGAGCAAUAAUAAUUCAUCCUGAUUUGAUUAAUAUAUGGAAAAAUAUUGGUUAUUAUGAAAUUUGUAGUGAUGUUAAUGAUCUUGUAAUACGAGGAGUUCUUUUAAUCCUAUUUCCUUCCACUCCACCAAAUGAUUGGGAAUGCCCUGACGUGAACACAGUUGUUACUCGGUUAAAAAAGUUUACUGAUCUUGGAUUUAAAUUAACAAAUAACGUUAUAAACGAUAUACUUCGUUUAUUUGAACAUAGAUUAAAUGAAAUUGGCGAUCUUUUGAUGAAUUCAUUCCAGCAGAUUCGUAAUGAACCAAAAACAGUUAUUGUUAGUUCUUGUAUUAAUAAUCUCAAUAAUCUUGAAAGAAAUCGUAAUAUAUUAAAAUUUUUAAAUGGUGAAAAUUGA